UGUUGGACAGUCCACAUCUUAUUGGCCAGACGCUGUGUUUCCCUCAGUAGGGAGCCAGGAAGUUUGUCUCAGCUGGAAGGAAGGAAGAAACAGUUGCGAACUACCAAGGGAGAUUCAGUGGAGGACAUGCUCGCAGCCUUGCGCCUGGCAGUAGUGGCAGUCCCGAUGGGUGUACUGCUGUCCCGGACCAUGGCGUGGAUGUCCAGUGGCAAAACACACCCAGAACUCAUCAGCAGGCUGAGGGGUAAUGAUCACGAGGUGAUACGCAGCGACCGAGUGUUUGAUGCCAUGCUGGCAACAGACAGAGGGCUCUACACCAUAGACUAUCCUUAUGCAGACUCUCCUCAAUCCAUAGGCUACAGGGCGACCAUCAGUGCACCGCACAUGCAUGCUCAUGCUUUGGAGCUGUUAAGUGACAAACUAACUGAAGGGGCAUCAGCACUUGAUGUGGGUUCAGGAAGUGGAUAUCUCACUGCCUGCUUUGCAAGGAUGACAGGACCCAGUGGUAGAGUGGUUGGCAUUGAACACAUCGAUGAACUGGUUCAAAUGUCAAUAAAAAAUGUGCAAGCUGACGACCCAGAACUCCUCACCUCUGGACGCGUCAAACUUGUCGUGGGAGAUGGAAGGCUUGGUCACCCAGACGGUGCGCCGUACGAUGCCAUUCAUGUUGGUGCAGCUGCAGCUACUAUUCCUAAGGCUCUUUUGGAGCAGCUGAAGCCUGGAGGCCGGUUGGUUCUCCCAGUGGGCCCUGACGGUGGCAGUCAGGUGCUAGAACAGUACGAUCGGCAGAUCGAUGGGACCUUUCUCAAGAGAGCUCUGAUGGGAGUGGUUUACAUCCCCCUGACUGACAAGAGGCGUCAGUGGCCUGGAGGUGAGCUCUGACUGCAGUGUGGUUUCCCCUACAGGAGAUGGCCUUGGUGCUGCAUCUCCACAACCCCGUAGCACUCCUCAUGGUUUCACUGUGCUCCAGUCUUAACAGCCACCCACCCUGCUGGGUCGUCACCUAGCAACUUACAAGGAGGAUCUAGCUCUGUUUGGCUGACCAGAUUGUCUUUCAAGAGUGAUAAACAGUGAGUGACCACCGCUGAACUGAUGACCUUAUUCCCAGAAUCCUUUAAGUCAGGUAGAGAGUGGUAAGGAUAUUGUGGAUGUCAUAAAAAUGUUGUCUGAGAUCUAAGUGAUUCACUGCAUUAUUUUUGGGUAAGUCAGUGAAGUUCAGCUAUGAGACAAAUUCAAUUAAAGCUUAAGAAGCUACAGUAUGUGUUCUUCUGGAUGCCUGUGGGUAAUUCACAUGAGAUAAUCUAACGGGAAAGCUUUGGCCAUGAAUGCUGUAACACAUAAAGACAAAUGCAAGUACAAGUCAAGGAAGUUAAAUGACAAUCCAGCAAUUUAACAAAGUAAUAUAUAUGUGAUGAUAAAAACUUGCUGGCUUCCUAUACUGUAUGUUUAGGAUAUGUCCUGUUUGACAUUUAGCCAGAAAUUAUUUUUUUGAAACUACCUGUCCACAGCUAUUGAUGUAUACACUUGUAAGUUUAUUAAUAAAAACCAUCUAAAUU